UGAAACAGUAAUAUUGAAGCAGCAAUAUCAAAUGCCAAGUGAGUGAAUCUAAAAUUGAAUGGUUUCCUUGUUUUAAACCGAACGUGACAACAUUCAUGCAAAGCGUGACUGUUCUACUGAAUAACUUCUACUGGGUAACUAACCACAGGCGACGGGCGGGCGUGUCACAUCUGCCUUCAGAUUUGGGAUUUUCUCCGCGAAGUAACUCCGCCCUUCUGUGGUCUACUUUAUGGCAUAUUUUUGCGAGUUAAUAGAACUGAUACUUACAGGCAAAUUGUCGAAGAAAAUGUUGAGAGCUGCGAAUAACCGAAUUUCUAAUUUGAUCACGAAUGUACAGGAAUGGGUUCACGGACUAAUCUAGAACACCUAGACUUGCUUGCUACAUGUGUGAUGUGUUGAGUGCGUCACAGCCAAAUAUGUGGUAGUCAGUCUAUGUACCGUUACAGCAUAGUGGCACCUUAUUUAACGGAAUCGCGUAUAAACUCCAGGCGACCCAGGCAUAGCUUGAAGUAUCCUUGUUUGGAAACAUAAUCAAGAUACCUCCUAUUAUCUUUAAUAUCUUAAGAUCGAUACAGAGUCUCUGUAUUUUUUAAUAAAUUUUAACGUGCUUUCAGCUUCUGACAGACGCUGCUAUGGAGCUAGAUCGGCGACUGUUGCUAGCUCACUGCACUGUCUACACACUUUCCGUCCUCGCUGGGUUAAUGGUGGUGAUCCCGCUCGCUCUGAACGGAUCGGACUUCAAAGGGCGGUGCGCGCUAUUUACGCAAGGGUUCUGGCGGUUGGAGAAUCGUACCAGCGUCGGGGAGGACUCAGAAGGAGUGGCGCGGUUGGUUGUGCAGGAGUGGGGGCCGCCUGCCGCAUGCCAGUUCGCUACAUUUGUCGGGGUGUUCACGGUGAUCUACUGCGCGGCGCAGGGUUGGCGGAGCCUGUUUUACCUGCAUCGACGGCAUGACGACACCCUGUUCUCAGCGUUCUUGACGCUACUGCUGAGUCUGUGUGUGUUGUUUCUCUCCGGUGGCACAAGCGUCUCCCUCAGCCUGGGUCUGCUCUCAUGGUGCCGUACCGUCACCGAAAAUAACAGGCGGUUAUACAGUUGUGGAGAGGUCCAGUCUGUUCCCAUGUACUUGGAUGUGGACACUUCUUCUUUCUACACUGAACUCACGUGUGCACAGGCUUCUCUCUGGUGUGUGACGGUGCUUUGGCUGGCUCAUGCCAUCCUGUCCUUCCUCCGCCUCUACCACUCCCACAGCCAGCAGAUCAGGGGCCCAUGCUUGUCCAGAGAAAAGGAGCUGCUGCUAGGGUGCUCCCCGCCAAAACACACCCUGCCACACCCACACCCCCACCUGCACCCACAGGAGGCACCUAGCGUCUUCAUCUAACAGUUACAGUAUACAUAUGCAUGUACAACUCACCCACACCACAGACCCAAACAGAAAAUAACACACAACAGGCAGGCUUUUGUUGGAAGAGGGUAGAUGUAUAGAUAUUAGUGCCAAUGUGCAACUCUGUUUUGUUUUUGUUUUUUUUUUCCUGUAAGCUGUAGGAAAUGCCAAAAGGACCCAAUUUUCUGUGCUGUAUAGGUAUGGGAUAUGCCCCUCUAGUCAUAUGGUGUACAGUACACCAGCCAUCCCAGUACACCUAUGCUAUAGAGACUGUCCAGUGUAUAUUAUUGUUUUUACUGCUUUUAGUGCAAAAACAGAAGCCAUCUUGGAAUGCUUUGGUGCACCAUGCAAUGAUUACUUUUUAUUUACUUAGUACCCUCAUCCAGGGGGACUAAGUGCUUGUAGCAUAAUUUCAGAGAACAGUGCAAAGCAAAUUACCACAUACCAUAUACCACACAGCCUCUGUGAAUCAAAUACUUAAACACUUUAAUCUAGGUCCGGUCCCAGACCCUGUCUCAUAGCAGUUAUUGCUCGUGUUCGGGGUCGCUGUUGCUAAUGGGACCAAGGCCCCAGCCGACGUACCCACCCCUAUCCCCGGUGGAACAAAGCCAAUGUGCUCAUUGUCGGCUAGUGACACGGCUGCGAUCGAACCCGGGUCGUAGCGUUCAGUCUAUAUUUUAAAUUAGUGUGCUUUUACUGACUGAACCACUCGGGAGCUAAAUGCACCAGUGUCAAGUUAUUUCAGAGUAAAAUGAAUAUAAGAUGUGAGAUAUUGUGCUCUACCAAAAGGUUCCGGUCAGGUGCGUAGGCUGGCUUUCACAACAUUAAAUCAAAAUAAACAAAAUGAGUGCAACCUGAGUUCUCAUUCAACUUCGUUAAACUACGGUAGCCUGGUAGCUACCCAGUUAGCUAUCCAUCUGAGUGGAAUACAUAUUUCAAUCGCCAAAUCAGUUGCAGAGAUGCAUAUGCUUCAUACAUAUGCGUCAGGGGAAAUGAAUUAUGGCUUGAAGACUUAUCAAUUGGAUUUUACAAAGGCUAAGUAAGGUCAUCCCACUUUCUUUCUAUGCUUAGCCCAUGUUCCUCAUUAAUGUCAUAGUGAGUGCAGGCUAGCUAAACCAACUUGGUUCUCAAACUAUGUGUGCCUUGGGAGCUGGCCAGGUGUGCCUUGGAAUUAGUCUUAUUCAGUAGGCGAUUUGAGGGGGGAUGCUAUCCCCCUUGUUAGCAAAGUGACCAAAAUGCAUCCCCCUUGUUAACCUGCCAUCCCCC